AUGAAUCUUGAAAUUUAUACUCCUGCUAUUUUGAUUGUAUUAGGAGUUGUAUCAGGUUUAGCCGUAAUUGUUGCGUUGAUACAAACAUGUGCAUGGUUUUCAAGAGCUGGAAAAGAAAUUAUCGAUUUACCAACUCUUGGGAAACUUUUACUUCAUAUUCUUGGUACUGUUUCUACUGUCAUUUUUCUUGUCAUUGCUGGUGUUUCAGUUUGGUGGCUAAUACUUUUUAAGAUACAAUACAAUGGAAUCUUUGAAUCAAAUACUAGUACACCACAGAGCACAUUUAAAAUGCUGCUCAUUGUCUCAUUCAUACUUAAAACAGGCGAUAUUCUUCAUAUUAUUAUACGACAAUCAACAAUCGAUAUUUUCUUCAUAGAUUGGGAAAAAUCUAAAUCAGGCACUGCGAAUACUGUAUCCGCUUGGCGAACAUGUUUUGUAGCAAAUGAGUUCAAUGGCAUUCAAACAUUUCGUCGUAUUCAUGUAGCAUUUCAUCUCCUAUUUACUUUAUUCUUUCUCAAAGUAAUUAAUCUAGAAAAUAUAGCUUCAAUUGAUAGCAGAUUCGCUAAUGCAUCAUUACCCAUUAGUCCUAAUUAUACUAUGGAAUACGAGAGCAUUUUUCGUAGUGGUACUGGUUUUCUUGUAUUAUCUGGUACUGUUUUAAUUCAAUAUUUCUUCUACGUACUCAUAUAUCAACGUUUAGUUGAAGAUAAAAUAAUUAAUUUCGUUGAUUUAUGUUCAGUCUCAAAUAUAAGUAUUUUCAUACUUGAUCAAAAUCGUCAUGGAUAUUAUAUUCAUGGUCGUUCUGCACAUGGUAUCGCUGAUGUUAAUAUUAAAGAUAUGAUUAUGAAUUUAGAACGUGAAUCAAGAUUGAUGAGUAUUGGAAGAGGCUUAGAAGCUAAUUCACCAGAACAAUUAUUUAUUAUGAAGAUAAAUAGAACAUUUCGUUCACAAUAUGAUUUACUAUUUCAAAAAUACGGCGAUUAUGUUAGACAACGACGUGCAAGAGGCGAUAAAGAACAUUUUGCAGAUAUUUUACUUCAAUCGUAUCAAAAUCUAAAUAAAUUUUUAUGUGCAUUUAUCGGUCAUGCAUUGCCAACACAUCAAUAUGUUAUCCGAAAUCGAUAUUUUCUUGAAAAGGUUUUCAAUUUUGAAUUUCCAGUAGCUUUAGGACCUGAUUUAACAGAUACUAUAGAUAAUUUCUUUUUUGUCGAUGAUGAAAAUGUUUUCACAAAAAUAUUAUUUUACGGACAAGAAAAGUCCCUUAUUAUUCGGAAUAUGAUUACUUUUCUAUGUGUUGAUUUUGUUUUUUCAAAUUAUAUACUGGCAACUAUUAUUACAUUUAUAUUUGAUGCAAUCGCCGUGGGCUUACGUAAUUCGUUGGGCCGUAGAAAUUUAUCUACGAAAGCUUUAGUUCCUAGGGAACUGCUUAUCUAA